AUGUUGGGAGCUCCUAUACACAUCUUAAAAUUCCCCUUGUCAACAGAAAAGCUAAAGACCUUCUCGGACACAGCCUCCAAUUUGCCCCACGACAGGUAA